CCAAGCCUCGACCUCAUUGGCUGGUCCGCUCUGUACGACUUUCCCGCGCUGGAAAACAGGAGACUGAACGUUCAGCAGUAACUGAAUAACAACCUUAUAACAAACAAACUACACGGUUUUCCUUCGGUACCGGAGAACCUACUUCACUGUCUGAGGAUGCCGUCCUCGAUUUAUGACCCGGCGAGUCUUCCGGAUAUACUGCCGCUCUACUACCGUCGGCUCNGCCCACUCUCAGUGCAGAAGAACUACUUCCAGAAUCGGGAGUUCUCCUUCACCCUGAAGGAUGACAUCUAUGUCCGCUACCAGUCGUUCAGCACACAGAGUGAGUUGGAGAAGGAAAUCCAGAAGAUGAACCCGUACAAGAUUGACAUCGGAGCAGUGUACAACUACAGGCCAAGUCAACACAACACGGUCAAGUCCGGAAGCUUCCAGGCCCUGGAGAAGGAGCUGGUGUUUGACAUCGAUAUGACGGAUUAUGAUGACGUCAGAAGCUGUUGCAGUGCUGCAGACAUUUGUCCCAAGUGCUGGACUCUGAUGACCAUCGCAGUUCGUAUCCUGGACCGUUCUCUACGAGAGGACUUUGGGUUCCAGCACCUUCUGUGGGUGUACUCUGGCAGAAGAGGAGUGCAUUGCUGGGUGUGUGAUGAAGCUGCCAGGAAGCUCUCAGUGGCUGCACGCUCCGCUGUGGCCGAAUACCUCAGCCUGGUGAAGGGUGGAGACGACGUGAUGAAGAAAGUGGUGUUAACAGAUCCUCUUCAUCCCUUUAUCACGGAGUCUCUGUCAGUGGUGGAGCAAUACUUCACCCAGUAUGCGCUUCAGGACCAGGAGAUACUGAGUCGUAAGGAGUCCAUGGACAAAGUGCUGGCCCUGGUGCCCGAGGAUGUUCGGAAUGAUCUGCAGCAGGACUUUCAAAAUGAGAGGAAACCGGAGAAUCGAUGGAGACACGUGAAGGAUCGAGCCAGUAAGAAACAGGCCUCUGCCAAGAAGGGACAGCACUUUGAGAAAGAAAUCAUGCUGCAGUACUGUUACCCACGGCUCGACGUGAACGUCAGUAAAGGUGUGAACCAUCUGUUGAAGAGUCCGUUCAGCGUCCACCCAAAAACAGGACGGAUAUCUGUUCCCAUUGACUUUGAAGAGUUGGACAGUUUUGAUCCUUUUGCUGUGCCCACAAUCAGUCUUAUCUGUGAGGAGCUUGAUCGGCCCAGACUGGGGGAAGAGGAGUUAGAGGACUCCUCUUCCCAAGUAGAUUCCCAAGGAGGACAAGGAGAUGUAACGGAGAGACGAAGGACCAGAGAUUACAAACGCACCAGUCUGGCAAAGUAUGUGAAAUACUUUGAUCAGUUCCUAGAUGGACUGUCUGCUUCAUGGAAAGGAGAACUUCUCAGAAAAAGUGAUCUCGAGAAAGACUUCUGAACUGGACCAGCAAUUGGAUGUCGAACUUCAUAGAACGAGUUGUUAUUGAGUUUCCUUUUAUUGUUUCAUGUUGUGUGUUUUUGUCAUUUUUAGGAC